UAUCUAUGCGUGAUGAGCGGCCCCACCGGGGGGACGCGCGGUCGGGACACGGUAUAGGGACGCAGGCAGCACAAGACUACGGAAGGGCCGGCGGGGUCUUCGCGUCCGCGCUCGCGAGCUCUCAUUCACUAACGGCGACGCACAGGGAGGUGGCAGGCGUUGACGACGGCGAGCAGAGCGCGGUGGUGGUGGCACCAGUAGAGGCACACGUCGUCGAGCUUUAAACCAAUAGCUAAACUCAAGACAACUAAAUAUUUAGCUGCUUAGCUUAGCUACAUUCAUCUACUUAGCUAAAUAUUUAGCCAUUUAGCAAAAAAUCAGCUGCUUUGGUCAAUUUAGUUUAGCUACAUAGCUAAAUUCUUAGCUGUUUAGCUAAAUUGUUAGUGAUCCCAUGUUUAGCAUUUGAAUUAGCUAUGUAGCUAAUUUUUCUCUCCGUGUGCAGUCAUGAAGUUGUUGUGUCGGAAGUUGCGGCGAGGGCGGCGUCCGCCGGCCGGCCGAGCGUCCGACGCACCAGCAGGUCGCGAGGGAGGCCUGUUCGCCGAGAUGCGCCCCUGCGUCUGGACUCUGUGGGCGUUCCAGAUCUGGCCGCUUUUCGAAGAGGACGGCCGCGUGGUGUUUCGCAAACGCUCCCUCUACUUCGCGUACGCCGUCGCGUCCUGGACGGGCACGACGUACAUCGCCCUGCGCGCGCUCAUCCACUGGUAUUCGGUGAUCCAGUCCGCUGGGUACUUCAGCCUCAAGGCCUACUACGCCUGGUUCUUCCUCGUGGGCCACUUCUCCAUCGCCAUCCCGCUGCUGUUCUGGACCAACAUGAGGGGCGUGGCAGAGGCGUUCAACUACGCGCAACGCUUCCAGGUCAACUUCCGCGAGGUCACGGGUCACCGGCUCAGCUUUGGCGUGGCCAAGAAGGCCAGAGUGACGGCCGCACUGUGCCCCGUGGUCGGCCUGGCCUUCGUGCUCUGGUCGCACGACGCGGGCUACGUGCCGUGGAACCAGUUCCCCGUCUACGAGAUGAACGCCACCUACCUGGCCAUCCUGCCCGAGACCUGGGUCCUCAUCGCCCUGGCGCUGGAGACGGCGGCUCAGCGGCUGCGCGCCGAGCUCGUGCAGGUGCUCGGCGACGUCGGGGAGGCUGCGGACUCGGGGCCGCGGCGCCGGGCGCUGGCCGACCUGCGCUGGCUGUGGAUGCAGCUGCAGCACCUAGUGCGCAUGUGGAGCCUGACGUGGACGCCGUGCCUCGCGCAUCUCAUCCUCUCCUCCGUCACCGUCCUGCUCCUCUCCGUGUUCGGCAUCUCCCUCCCGUUGCUACGUGGCCAGGUCAUUGAUGAUCGACUGGCUGGAAUGAUGACUGCAGUGGUUCACAACAUUUACAACAUCAACAGAGUGUGCAGUGCAGGCAGCAGAGUGCGCAGAGAGGUGAAGGACGCCUUCGUAAAAGAAAUGACAAGAGCCAAAUUCGCGACAGCCAGUACAAACCUCUACCCAGAGGUAAUUGAAAACAAAUUAAAAAGUGAAAGUACUUCAUCUCACUUGUGUCCACCUUUAUUCCAGUUAGUUAAAUUUCUGAAAGCAGUAGACAUUCAGGAUCCUUGUCUAGAUAUGGGAGGAUUUACAUCACUCAACAGAGCACUGGCAGUUGGGGUAUGUUGAUUUAACAAUCUUGGUAACACUUGGUCUUUGUCUAAUAUGCACCCUCUAUUUCAGUGUGCCUCUAUCAUAGUCACAUAUGUCGUGGUGUUGAUGCAGUUCGCAUAUGCCAAGGGCGCAAAUUAAUAAAAGAGGAUGGUUUUUA